UAUCUAGUGAGAAUUAAGUAAAUUAAACCAGUUGUUUCCUUAAUAAUGGAGAGGCAACUAAAAUUAGAGGUGGAAAUAGUUUCAAUAGAAACCAUAAAGCCAUCACUUCCACCACCUUCGCAUCCCAAAACAUACACUCUUUCCCUCCUGGACCAAAUCUUUCCUGCUUUUCACAUACCGGUACUUCUUUUCUACACAUCAACACAACAAAGAAUCGAUAUAAACACCCUUAAAAUAUCACUUAGCCAAACACUAGACCGUUUCUACCCUCUUGCAGGCCGAUUUCUAGACGAGUCUACCAUUUCUUGCAACAACCAAGGCAUACCCUUGAUUGAAACUAAAGUUGAUUGCCAUUUGAAGGUUUUCAUGAGCUCACCUCAUAAACUAAAUUUGCUUAACAAGUUCCUCCCUUCCAAAGAUUUACAAGCUCUUGGGCCUCGACCUGUCUCAGAGCUACUCCCUUUGGCCAUUCAGGUCAACAAAUUUCUCUGUGGUGGACUCGUAAUUGGUUGUUAUAUGCUCCACAAAAUCCUUGACAUAUCCUCUUUAGGAACCUUCUUUAAGCAUUGGGCUGCCUGUGCUAGUAACCAGCAUAAGGAUCUACUUCAACUUCAACCUGACUUUGAUGCCAUUGUCAAGGCAUUUCCUCCACUUCCCAUGGUAGAAAAGGUAUUCGUACCUGAAUUCUGUAGUAAGGACACACUAAACGUACUACAACAUCCAACCAUUGUGGUCAAGAGUUUUACAUUCAGCACAGUUUCUUUAACCAAUCUUAGGGCCAAGGCUGCUAGUGAGCUUGUUCCUAGGCCUACCAGAUUCGAAGCUGUGGCGGGGCUACUUUGGGAACAGACCUUGGCUGCUGCAUAUACUGCAACAGGAAUCCAUUGCUUAACAGGGGAAGUUAACAACAAUAAUAAUAAUAAUAAUAAUAAUAAUAAUAAUAAUAAUAAUAAUAAUAAUAAUAAUAAUAAUAAUAAUAAUAAUAAUAAUAAUAAUAAUAAUACAGUGCUGUCAGUAACAGUAAACAUGCGGCAGUGGAUGAGCCCGCCACUCCCAAGUGGAUCCAUGGGUAAUCUCGUCACAAACGUAAUGGCAAAGGCUGAUAAAAGAAGCAGAUUUCAAGAGCUUGUUAAGGUGAUUCAUUCAUCCUUGUCUUACAUCAAGGAAAAGAUUACUAAAGUUUAUCAAAGUGAAAAUGGAGCAGAUAUUUUAUUGUCAGAACGCAAAGCUGAGUCGGAAGGUGUAAUGGAGUAUCAAGAGGGACUCUACAGGCUUAGUAGCUGGUGUAGGACUGGAUUGAAUGAUGCAGACUUUGGGUUUGGUAGGCCCGCAUGGAUACUUCCGACUGAUUAUAGCAAUCCUCCUCCUACACUUAGGAAUUUUAUGUUCCUAACUGAUUUUGCUGAUGGAAUUGAGGCAUGGUUGUUUUUGGAGGAGAAAGAAAUGCAACUUCUACAGUCAAACCCACACUUCCUUGCUUUUGCUUCUCCUAAUUAAUUACGGAGUACUACUCACAGUCGAUAUGAUUAACUAGCUCAUCGAUUUGCUAGCUUGUCAUCACUUUACUAUUUCAUGCCUAUUUAAAUUGAUGUUUAUAUGAUAUACUCCUGUGUUUUCUCAAAUCCAGUAAUGUAUUUUUCCUCACAA